UGCCAUUACUACAAGGCUCAACCUCAAAUUGUAUACUAAUAUUGAUGGGAAUAUUAACCUCCUAGACCAUCAAAGAGUAGUGUGUCAAAUAAAGAGUUUACAUCGCAUUAUUAAUAAAUGUAGAUGCAAGAAGAAAUGUAAAUAUUCUCCAAUACCAUAUAAUUUAUGGCUUGAUGAAAUAGUAUCUAUAAUUGCUCAAGCCCACACCCGUAAAACAUUUUGCUUGGCUUCUAAUAAAGAAACUGUAUUAGCCGAACUCUGGGAAUGGGCUAAGCAAAUAUCUUCAUUACCUCCAAUGAACGAAAAAGAUGUACAAGGGAUUGUUCAUGCUCUUAGAACUGAUUUUCCUAAAUUACAUAUUAAAAAUUAUCAUGAUAAGUCUGAUCCGGCUGAAAAGGCUCAAGAUUUUAGUAAUGUUGAUGAAACAUGGAAAGAGGUGGACCUUGUUGCAUAUACUAGCACUUUAAAAAUAGACAUUUCUUGUACUAACUACAAGUUUGAGCGGGCAUUCUGUCUCUUUAACAGCUAUAUCAAAACAAAUGCUGGAACAAAUCAAAUGCUGUUCUAUAUGAGAUGUAUCAAGAAUUAUGUGUAUUAUAUUGAGCAAAGAGCAUCUAAUGUCCCUAUUAUAGAAGAAGAGUUAUUUAAUUGGUUAUUAAAAGCAAAACGAGAAUCUCUACCUCUGGAGCUUCAAAAUAGAGAAAUAUUCCCAGAUGUAGAAUCUAUAAUUCGAAAUAAGGAUAUUUCAACAAUUCGAUUAUGGGUGGCAUAUAUGUUGGAAAAAUUCCAAUCUCAUUGUUUAUUUGGGUGGAGAAUGGUAGAUUUUCUUAAAAAGGCAGGUAUGAUAAUUUCUAUAAUAAAAGCUAUUCCAAAAGCUAAAGAUAAUACUGUGACAUUAACUGAAACAGUAAAGGGAAAACAAACCAAAGAAGACUUUAGAAGAAAUAUAUACGUUAAACUGGAUCAUAUUGCAGAUUGCUAUGAAGUAUCAUCUGAAUCUAUAACUGAAGAAUUUAUUACAGAUUACGAUAUUGAUGAUCGAAAUAGAUAUAAAGUUUUUGAUAAUACAAAUGCAUCUCGUAGUGCUAAAAAAUCUGGCUUAAAAUCAGAUAAAGCAAAACUUGGUUUAUUAAAUUCAGCACUUUCUACAAUCUAUGAGAUAAAGUUUAAAACUACUAAUAAUAAAAAUACGUAUUACCAUCUAGUUGGAACAUUUGACUAUGAGGAUGCUUCCAAAUUACCACCAUAUCAAACAGAUGAAGGGCAAUUUUAUGAAAAUGAUGAGGAUAUGCAUUAUGGAUAUAGUAAACUCUCACCUGAUGAAUUAGAACCAUCUCCUAAUUGUAUCUCACAAAAUACUCAGGACUUAUUCGAUAUUAUUUAA